UCUAUUUCCAGCGGCGUCGUCGUCGCUUAGAGGAGGUUAUAAUAUCGUGCGCGCGUGUGAACCGUUUCGCAUUCGAACGUGUACCGGCACGUCGUCACCGUCGGGCCCUGUAUCGCUCUGCCUUACUCGUAUCAUCCCGCGUUCUCUUUCUCUCAAUCACUCUCUCGUCCGCUGCCGCCGGCCAUUCCAUCGGCAUUCCCAUAAUAAACAAUCGCGUAUUUAUUUUUUCGAUCCCCCCACUCCACCCGGCCACCCACACGCACACACGCGCCAGCGGUGUACACGUGGUUUUUUUUUUUUUUUAUAAUCGUUUUCCCGCACACCGCACCACCAACGGAUCCGCGGUCCGACGGUACAUGUCAUAUCGCGUGCGACAUUGCAGUGUUGUCGCGGAGAGCAGUUCGAUCUCGCGUUCAUGUUGAACAUCUUUUCCGACGAGCAGGGGCAUCGCGCGUAGUCACGACGAAUCGGUCAACUCAACGAAUACGACGGGAACGCAACACGGAAAGAACAACUCCGUUCAGGCCUGUCUUGAAUGCCGUCGUCAGAGACGGCACACUGGUCCAGCAGCAGCAGCAACAGCAGCUAGUAGAGCCACGUGGUAAGGAGGAUAGGUGUACGCAAGACCGCGAAUACGGACGUUCGUAGUAACGGAGACGCACGUUUCAAGGAUAAAUAGUAAUCCACCCAAACCGCAACCAUGAGUGCACAGGCCACGCAGCAGGAACUCCAGACGUUCCUGUUGGACGAAAAGUCCAAUAUGAAAGAGAUUCAACAAACAAAACGGAAAUCAAAUACAAACCUAGAAAAAAGCGAAGUCGUACAUCUGAAUGGGUUGGAAUACUUCGACCCGUUCCUUGAGAGGAACUUGGAACAUCCAACCACCGACUGUGAAACUUUAACUCAUUUGCUCAAAGCAUCCCUGGGCACCGGUAUCCUGGCAAUGCCACAGGCUUUCCAGUGUUCUGGACUUAUGACCGGAAUAUUUGCCACAAUAUUCGUAUCGGCCGUGUGCACAUUCUGUUCGUAUUCACUGGUGAAAUGUGCCCACGUUCUGUACAAGCGAACGAAAGUGACAGCAAUGAGCUACGCGGAUGUGGCCGAAGUGGCGUUCGCUAACGGGCCCGAAUGGGCGAAGAAGUUCUCGUCGCUCACCAGGCAAACGGUGCUGUGGCUGCUGUUCAUCACGUAUUUCGGCACGUGCAGUGUAUACACCGUCAUCAUCGCCACCAACUUCCGGCAAGUAUACAUGUUCCACGUGGACACCAGCCUGAACCUGAGGUGCUUCAUCGGCAUGCUGCUCAUACCGCUCGUACUGCUCAGCUUCGUGCCCAACCUCAAGUACCUGGCGCCCGUGUCCAUGGUGGCCAACCUGCUGAUGGCCGCCGGUCUGGGUAUUACGUUCUAUUAUUUGCUUUGCGACGUGCCCAACAUCAACGAGAGACCGUUAGUCACUCAGUCGAUAGACAGGUUCCCGACGUUCUUCUGCAUAACCGUAUUCGCCAUGGAAGCCAUCGGGGUGGUGAUGCCGUUGGAGAACAACAUGAAAACGCCAAAAAACUUUUUGGGAUUUUUCGGCGUGCUCAACACCGGAAUGGGUGGUGUGACCGUCGUUUACAUAUUGCUCGGCUUCCUCGGUUACUUAAAGUACGGCGAAGAAACUCAAUCGAGCAUCACGCUGAAUCUGCCCACCAAUGAAAUACCCGCGCAGCUGGCCAAAAUAUGCAUCGCCUUGGCCGUGUUCUGCACGUACGGUCUACAGUUUUUCGUGUGCUUGGAAAUCGCGUGGACCAAGAUCCAAGAGAGCUUCGAAAAGGUUACCAAUUUCCACAACUACAUUCUGAGAACGGUCAUGGUCACAUUUUCCGUGCUGAUCGCGAUAGCCGUACCGACCAUCGGCCCUUUCAUCGGGCUCAUUGGUGCCUUCUGCUUCUCGCUGCUCGGCAUCAUCGCACCGGUCGUCAUCGAGUUCGCCACAUUCUCGGACAACGUGACCGUCUGGAUGACCGUCAGAAAUGUGGUGCUGAUCGUCGUCGGAAUUUUGGCGUUGGUGUUCGGCACGGCCAGCAGCAUCACCGAAAUUCUCGUGAUGUACGCGCCCGAAGUCCCUCAAAUAGUCACCGCCUUCAACGGAACGGCCGCUCAAUGAUGAACUGCGCGUUUGGUGGUACUAGACGGCCGUCGCAACUGAGUACAGUAUUCAAUACAACAUGUAUAAUUAGGGACGAUAGUUUUUUUUUCCGUCGUCUUUACCACUCCCUCCCAGUAGACAAGCACUUGAGUUGUGCAGGAAGAAAAAAUAAUAUUUAAUAAUAUAAUAUAUAAUAUAUAAUAUUAUAAUAUAUUAUAUAAAGCACUUGCACAU